GCGGCGGCGGCGGAGCCACGUGGUGGGGCCGGGAAGCCGCGGCCGCCGAGCGCCCGGGCGGCUGCCCCUGCUGGGCAGUGCUGCUGUGCGCUGCGCCGCGCUCGGUGCCUGCGCUCCCCGCUCCGCGCUCCCCGCCAGCCGCCCCGGGGCGGGAGGCGCGCCUGGCGGCCGGCCGGCCAGACAAAGGAGGCGCGGCAGAACCGGCGCGCGUGCGGACGGACCAUGGACUCCGAGCGUGAGCGGCCGGCCGCAGCCCUGAGGACCCGGCGCUCCCGGGCCCGGCCCUAGGCGCCCGGUCCCGCCGCCCGGGGCGCCCAGCUGGGAGGACGCGGAGCCCGCGCGGCGCGGAGGAGGCGGCGGCCGCCGAGCUAGAGGGGCGCCGCGGCGAACGGCGCGCGCGGCCCCCGGAGCCAUGGGCAAGUGCAGCGGGCGCUGCACGCUGGUCGCCUUCUGCUGCCUGCAGCUGGUGGUGACUGUGGCCUCAGCCUGCUCUUUCCCACAGGUGGCUGCGUUGGAGCGGCAGAUCUUUGACUUCCUGGGCUACCAGUGGGCUCCUAUCCUAGCCAACUUCCUGCACAUCAUGGCAGUUAUCCUGGGCAUCUUUGGUACCGUGCAGUACCGCUCCCGGUACCUCAUUCUGUAUGCAGCCUGGCUGGUGCUUUGGGUUGGCUGGAAUGCGUUUAUCAUCUGCUUCUACUUGGAGGUUGGACAGCUGUCCCAGGACCGGGACUUCAUCAUGACCUUCAACACAUCCCUGCACCGCUCCUGGUGGAUGGAGAACGGGCCAGGCUGCCUGGUGACACCUGUCCUGAACUCCCGCCUGGCCCUGGAGGACCACCAUGUCAUCUCGGUCACCGGCUGCCUGCUUGACUAUCCCUACAUUGAAGCACUCAGCAGUGCCCUGCAGAUCUUCCUGGCUCUGUUCGGCUUCGUGUUCGCCUGCUACGUGAGCAAAGUAUUCCUGGAGGAGGAGGACAGCUUUGAUUUCAUCGGCGGUUUUGACUCCUAUGGAUACCAGGCGCCCCAGAAGACGUCGCAUUUACAACUGCAGCCUCUGUACACGGCGGGGUAGUAGCUUCUGCCCUACGACCACCCCCGCGGCUAGACUGACCGCCGCAGCCGCGAGCUCCGGCCAAGAUGGCAGGCGUGCCCCCUG